AGCAGCUUAUGGGGCCCGGGGUGAUUGACAGCUGGUGGGGAAACGGCCUGCGGGUGAGGCCAGCUGUGAGCUGCCUCUGGCCGCGAGGCGAUGAUCUCCGCUGCGCGUGGAGCAGAAACACGCGUGGAAGCGGCGCGCUGCUGGGCGAUGCCCGAGCAGCCGGGCGGGCUGGGGAGCGGGGAACGGGGAUGCGGGGGGUGCGCGGGAGGGGGUGAAGUUGGUUAUCUGGGACGGGUGGCCCCUCCCGCGUCGCUGCUCGCCCGCCGCCGAUGACGAACAGCUCCCUGUGUAAACUCCGGCCGCAGUCCUCACCUGCUCGCAUCGCCUGGCUGGCCCUGGGCACCGUGACGUGGCCGCGCCGUGAUUUAUGGCGUUGCCGGGUUGCUCUGAGCCCGGCGGUGCUGCUGCACGGGCCGGUUGCUGCACGCUGCUCCGGCCGCGGGCGGAGCGGUGAUGCUGGGUUGCAGCGCUGAGGAGCGGCAGGUGGUUGGGUUUGCGGUGCUGAUGGGCUCUGAGCUGUGCUGCCCUUUGGGGACCCUUGGGGUGGUGGCACCGAGGGGUGCUCGCUGCUUGCUGCCCCCUUUGGCCUGGGGACAAACUUGUCCCCGUGUCCCGGAGUGUCCUUUAGAACCCGGAUGGGGGCUGAAGGAGGGAGUAGGAGAAGUGAAAUUGUGCAGGGAAGGUCAGGAGGAUUGGGGCUAUGGAAGCACACCUGUGGUGCAGGAUGUGGGCCAUUUCCUCGUGGCUGUCUGCAAAGGGACACCCCGUGGGUGUGCUUAUAACGGGGCAGCAGCCCAGGGUAAAGUGCUUGGGACUUUUGACCUGGGGCCACGUGGCUAGCAGCCGGGGCGGGCACACUGCCCUAUAAAUGCCAGCUGUGCUGCCAGCUGCACUACCAGCAGUCAGUCCCUCCUGCCAUGGCUGAUGUCAAAGAGCCCGCGGUGGCAGAGCCAGCUGUCCCCAUGGAGCCCCGUGUCCCCAUGGAGCCUGGUGUCCCCACAGGGCCGGAUGUCCCUGCUGAUGCUGCUCCAUCCUCAGGGGCCAUGUCCACUCGACGGCUGCGCAGCGAGGACUACAAUGACUACAGCUCUACUGAUGUGACCCCGGAGGGCAGCCCGCCUGCAGGCAUCAAUGGCUUCGCACGGCCCGAGUCCUACCAGCGCUUUGGGGAGAGCAAUGGGACCACGUGGUACCAGACCCUGAUCCAUCUCCUGAAGGGGAACAUUGGCACCGGGCUGCUGGGGCUGCCCCUGGCUCUGAAGAAUGCUGGCAUCCUGCUGGGUCCCCUGAGCCUGCUGGUGAUGGGUGUUGUGGCUGUGCACUGCAUGAGCAUCCUGGUGAAAUGCGCCCACCACUUCUGCUACAGGUUCCAGAAGCAGUUUUUGGACUACGGGGGGACUGUGAUGUAUGGGCUGGAGUCAACACCCAUUGCCUGGUUGAGGACACAUGCUGUCUGGGGAAGGCGUGUGGUGGGACUCUUUCUGAUCCUCACUCAGCUGGGUUUCUGCUGUGUGUACUUUGUCUUUCUGGCUGACAAUCUGAGGCAGGUUGUAUCCUCUGCCAACAGCACCACCACUGACUGCCAGUCCAACAGGACGGUGACCCUCACACCUACCAUGGACUCCCGGCUCUACAUGCUGUCCCUGCUGCCUUUUGUGGUGCUGCUGUCAUUCAUCCAGAAUCUCAAGGUCCUGUCCAUCUUUUCCAUGCUGGCCAACGUGGCCAUGCUCAUCAGCCUUGUUGUGAUCUACCAGUACAUUGUCAGGGACAUCCCCGAUCCCAGCACCCUGCCUCUCGCUGCAGCCUGGAAGACCUACCCUCUGUUUUUUGGCACAGCCAUCUUUGCUUUUGAAGGCAUCGGGGUGGUGCUGCCUCUGGAAAACAAGAUGAAGAACCCACGGCAGUUCCCUGUGAUCCUCUAUGUGGGGAUGACAAUCGUUACCAUCCUGUACAUCAGCCUGGGUGUGCUGGGCUACCUGCGCUUCGGGGCGGCCAUCCAGGCCAGCAUAACACUCAACCUACCCAACUGCUGGCUGUACCAAGCUGUCAAGCUGCUCUUCUCCUUUGGGAUUUUCUUCACCUAUGCUGUGCAGUUCUACGUCCCUGCUGAGAUCAUCAUCCCACCACUGGUUGCCCGUGUGCCAGAGCGCUGGGGCUGGCUGGUCAACCUGCUGCUGCGGGUGGUCCUGGUUGGCAUCACCUGUGUGCUGGCCAUCCUCAUCCCCCGCCUGGACAUCGUCAUCUCGCUGGUGGGCUCAGUCAGCAGCAGCGCGCUGGCUCUCAUCUUCCCCCCGCUGCUGGAGAUUGCCACCUACUACACAGAGGGCAUGCACCCUCUGCUCAUUGCCAAGGACGUGCUCAUCAGCCUCUUCGGCUUCGUUGGCUUCGUGGUGGGCACCUACGAGGCGCUGGUGGAGCUGGCUACGCCUGCUGCUGUCAUCAAUGGCACCAGCACCUCGGGGCAGUGACGGUCCCCGCUGAGUGGUGGCACGCAGACCUGGUGCUCAGCCUUCUCCUCCUGCAGAACGUGGUGGGUUUGGGCUGCGAGGGGUGGGGGUGGCACAGCACUCAUCCCCUCCACACUCCUGUACAUAGUUACUUUGGGGAGGGGGGAUCCUGGGGACUUUAUUUUUUAUUUUUAUUUUAUUUUUUAAUCCUUCCCAUAUUUCCCCCAUCCCAUCACUCUGGGACUGCUCUUCUCUGUGCCAGUUUGUUGCGUUGUUUUUUUUUUUGUUGUUGUUGUUUUGUUUUUUUCCCCUUCCCCCACCCCACCUCUCAGCACUUUAUUUUACAGCAACGAAGAAACCUCAGCUCAGGUUGGAGGUGCAGAGCUGCCUCUUCACCCUGGCCCUCCGGGAUGCAGAGCAGCGCUGGGUGUGAGCACUGCUGGUGCAGGUCCUGCUGUGCUCUGGUUUCCAGCUCUUUCGUGCAGAGAGGGCUGCCAUGGAAGGUUCUUUUAGUUCUUUUUUUUUUUUCUUCUCCCUGCACACAUACCCCUCACAUGGUUUUUGGCAUUAGGAAUUCAGGUGUGCAGAGCCCAUGCUCUGCAGAAACACAGCGCCUUGUUUGCCGCGCUCUGGCUGCAUCUGCAGUCCUCCACUGAAUGUCACACCCCCAAUAAGAACACUGAUCAUGUUGUUUUCCCUCCUGGCCCCAGUGACAGCUCCCAGCAGGAGGCAGCCCGUUGCACUGCUCCCUCUCCUUCUGCUGCUGGUACUGGGGCAGGUGCACACAGGGGGCACAGACUCCAGCCUUGCCACACUUUGCCUUUCUGCUGCUUUUUUUUUCAUUAUUUUUUUAUUUUAAGGCAGAUGAGGGCAAAUGAAUCCUCCAUUGGGUAUUUCAUACUGGUGGUGCAGCUGCACUCAGGAGAGGAAGGGCACACAGAACGGUGUGCACGCAGCCAGCAGGGCUCUGGGCUCCCUGCAGGUGGGAGAGGUGCAAUAUCUGUGCCCAGUGCUGGCACUGCUGUCCCCUGGGAGGGGAUGGCUGGCAGUCCCAACAGGAGGGACGGCCCUGUUCUGGGGUACAGCUGUGUGAUUGCUGUGUCCCCAGCACUGGGGUUGGUGGGUUUGCUGGAGUGGUGCAUAGCACUGAGUUUGCUUUGUGCUCACAGGGCACCAUGGCAAUGUUAAGCAGUGUCUGGUGGAGUUUUUUUGGUUUUAUUGGGCUGAAGCACAGUGGGCUGGUGGGAAACACAUGGGAUACCAGGAGGACCUGGUACGGGACCAAGGGGACACAGAAAUGUGACACUUGUGUGUUGUAGCUGCUCUGUGACCAGGGGAAUUGUGUAUAUACAAAGGUGAUUAAUGUCCGUGUCGUGUGCCUAUGGAUAUUGUCAGUGUGGGUCGCUGCCUACUGCUGCAGCACCUGAAUCAUGUAUCUCACUUUAAUCAAUAAAUAAGAAUUAUUUUUUACGUGGAAA